AAUCCAUACAAAUCGUCCAUGGAAGAUCAAGAAGAACAAGCUCCCCUCUAUGGAGAUCUACUAGAUACAGUUCUCUCUCACGUGUCCCUCCUCGAUCUCGUGCCAGCUUCGUACGUGUCAAAGACAUGGCAACGGGCUGUCUACUCAUCCAUCCGCAGCCCGACACGUGCCAAACCGUGGCUUGUCCUCCACAUCCAGAGCCCUCGGAAUCCCUCCGCGACGAGCACGCACGCCUACGACCCCCACUCGCACGUGUGGAUCCGAAUACCGCACGUGCCGGUGCCUCACUCGUCGAUCAUCCGCUCCUCCCACUCGAACCUCCUCUACAUGCACUCCUUAUCCAGACUAUCCCUCUCACGUGACGCUCUCAAAACCACGUGGGAAGACAUCAGCGCACCGCGCGUGUGGAGGCUGGACCCAGUCAUCGCGGUCGUCGGGUCCCACGUCGUCGUCGCUGGCGGCACGUGCGAUUUCGAAGACGAACCACUGGCCGUCGAGCUCUACGACGCCGCGUCCCGCACGUGGCGUACGUGCCAGCCCAUGCCGGCCAUCUUCAAGAACUCCGCAUCGGCCACUUGGCUAUCGACAGCCGUCGACGAUAAGAAAAUGUACGUCUUGGAGAAAACCAACGGUGGAUUUUGCUCGUUCGAUCCAGAGACGGAGACGUGGGGACCCACAUCGAAUUUGUGCCCAAACCCAUCUGUGUUUUUCUCCACCAUUGAAUUUUCCGGCCAUCGUUUAAUGCUAUUCGGAUUGGUGGGCCACCCCACAAACGUUGAAACCUUAAGCAUUUGGGAAGUGAAAUGUGACACAUUUGAGUGCACCGAGAUCGGAAAAAUGCCACCGGCGAUGCUCGAAAAGCUCAUGGAUGCAGAUUCACGGCUUUCGUCGAUCGGCGUUUCAUCGACGGCUGAUUUUACUUACAUUUAUAAUCCGUCCGAUCCGAAAGAGAUCUUCUGCUGCGACUUCAGCACUGGCGUCUGCAGCUGGGACACCGUUCGAAAUUCGGUCAUCGAUGAUCGGAAUUGGAUGAAUAGAUUCACGUUUACGUGUUCGACGGUUGAUAUCGACGCUCUUCGAGAGAUUUUCUGUUCAGGGAGCGGGAAUUUUCCGUCGAAUUUCGCCGGAAAUUGAUCGGGAUUGUGCUCUUCUUUUUUUUUAGUGUGUGAGCCUGUUUGAUCUUUCAAAUC